AAGAAGGAGUAGGGUGUGUGCAUAAGGGUAGUUGGGGAGAGCAUCGAGUAAACUGAACUGGUUUCGAUCAGGCACAGGUGGUGCUCGCUAUCUGCACUUUCCUCAUCUGCCGAUGAUAGGAUUUAUCAAAUGGAAAUACCAUCACUUUCUUGCUGAACACAACACCAUGAUUUAUUUCUGAGAUCCAAACAAUCUGUAGACGAUCUUCCCCAGCCACCUACCCUUCAUGUCCAUGUAAGCUGCAAGAUGACCAGUUAGGAUGACCAGUGACUCUGUUUAUGUUUCAUCAAGAAUAGGAUUAAACAAUGAGUGACCAGGAAAGGCCUCGUAGCAGGUCUUCUUCUCGCUCACCAAGACAGGAUUCUUGGUAUAUGCUGGUUCAGGAAGAGGUCCUUGUUUCAUCUCCAACACCAUCUCCAAGACGAUCUCUUGCUAGCAGUGGAAGUCGUUCCUCAUCUAAGGCCAGUAGCGUGUCUUCCACUCCCAAACCACUCCAGACUACCUCAUCUACAGCUGCAGCUGAACAAAGCCCUGCAUCUCUGCUUCAAAGCACUACCCUAUCACAGCACCCCCUGGAAGAGGAACAAGCUGCCCUCACCCAGUAUCCUCUGGAGGAAAGUCUUGAUGAGAAGCAGCAUCCUUCAGGCAGUCAUCAAAGCAAGCAAGAAGAUGCCCAUAUAGAUAUAAUUUCACCUUUGGGUGGUAUGCAGGAUAGCAGUGAAGAUACCCAAGAGCACUUAGCCGUACCCCUUCUUGAUCUAGAUGCCAGCACUGACUCGAAGGAUGGAGAUCAGUUCAGGGGGUUGGCAAAAGGAACCUUUCCUUUUGUUGAAGAGGAUGAGAGUGCAGCAAUGAGCAGUGACACAGACAUCCCGAUACCUCUGUCUGACAAUGAAGAUAAUGAAAGUGGCUUUCCUGGAGAUGCUGAAGAUUUUGGAAUGUCCAAGGACGCUGUGCAGGAAGCCAUUGCGGAAGUGUCUGCAGACUUUGUAAGUGGUGUAUUGUCCAUGUCAGUUUCACAGCAUAGCGUGGAUGGUACUAAAGUAGAAGACAAAAUGAACAUAGAAGACAAUACUGGUACUGGCGAUGUUCAUUCAAUGGUCAUAGAGGACGUUCACAGCUCUGCAGCUACUACGCCAUGGCAAUCUGAAGGGGCAAUGGAAAGACCAACCCCAUCCCCUUUUAAUCAGGAAAUCAAUGACAUUGAUUCUGAUCAAAUUCAUAGAGAACAAAUAUCUCAACAGAGUCAUGUAUCUAGUAUUAGCAGCUCUGUUUCAAACCGGACUAAAUCAUCAGUGAAUGAUAGUGUAAGGAGUGAAAUAAGUGCAAGAAAUGCUUCACCCACUGUUCAACUGAAGCCUUCAGCAGAGGACAUGACUAGAGGGUCACCCAGUAAGUUGCCCCUAGAUCUUGACAGUUUACAACCAUUGGAUAUUGGAGAACACAUGGCCUCUGGAGCUGAAGUUGUAAUACUCAGAGGUUCAGAGAAUGAGUAUCAUCAUGGAAAAGAGAAGCUGACAGAAGAAUCUCAAAGACAACAAAUUAUUUCAAAAAGUCACUCGGUAGAACCGAGGUCAAUGACAGAGGAUAGAAAUCAAGUGAAUACUGAUUCACCAGUUCAAAAUCAAAGGGUUACUCUUCAUCCUGAUUCAAGAGGAUCACUUCCAUCACAGUAUCUAUCACCUAGUGAAGGAAAUGUGUCGAAAGAUGCGCAGUCGUACAUUCACUAUCCAAGAGAAUUGCGAGGCUCACCUCACAAUAUCGGGUUUUCCAGUGAUAAUGAUAGUAAUUCUGCAGAUGUACCACAAGGUGGUACUAGUAAUGCAAGGGAGAAUGAUAUGAGUCUAUCUAGGAGGGAUCAAGGAAGUGAAAGGGAUCUCUUAGCUAAAAGAGUGGCACUGCUUUUGCAGGUCAACAGUGAUAUGGAUGUGGGUGUAGAUGGUACUCAAGCUAAUCUACAUGGUGGCUCUUUAUCAGGGAGUGGAUCAUCUUCACAUACUGGCAGCCCUGACAGCAUUGAAGAGGCCACUCUACCACUUGGAAUUCUUUCCAAGGAUGCCCAUGGCUCACCUUCUUCCUACAGGAGAGGAGAUGGACAGUCUCUACCACCUCCAUCAAGAUCAGAGUCCAGUGGAAGCUCUAAUGCUGACUCCCUAGCAGAGCAUGUCAAGCGGCUACUCCAAGAAUCUGAGAGUAUGCGCAAACUUCAUACAGCAGGGAUUUCUCCACAACAGUUGCUUAACAUCCAAGCAGAGAUAGGGAAAAGAUCUCCUACAUUAUCAGAUGCAAGCACAUCAAGUUCUGUGAGGGAUAUUGUUAACAGGGUUGUCAGACAUUCAAGAACAGGAAGUGAGAGCGAUGAUAGUAUGGUUAGACCUCAAGAAACCUACAUGUCUCCCUCACAUCCUAUGCCAGGUGGUUACAACGUCCCGUUGGGGUCAAGCAACGCAUAUCAGGAAAGCACCAAGGUUACAUUCCAGGAUACAUUCCAGGCUAAUCGUUCCCAGAAUGCUGCUGGGUCAGGCAAUACAAGCCAGUCUUCAACAAGUACUCUGACCAACGAUUCCCUGUCACAGAGAGUGCAGCAACUGCUUAGUCAUGUUGAUGAUGCAUUUACCCACCAACCUGAAAUUGCACGGGAAAGUUUGUCAAGAGAGGAUUUACUAGCUCUGGUGCAAAUUGCUGAGUUAGAGAAGAAACUUAGUGAGUCAAGAUCUAACUCACAGAUGCAUGGAUCUCCUCGGUCAUCCCAAAACUCCAGAGUGUCAUCCACCAGAGAUACUGUUAGUAGGUCCACAUCUGCUAAGGACAACUCUGUUGCAAGUGCUGAUUCCCUAGCUUUAAGGGUUCAAGCAAUCCUUGGGAGGGAGCCUCCUGGGGAGAGAGUUGAUCGUAUCAUUUCAGAAGCUCUUCACGCAGAAGAUCCAUUGGUCUAUGAGAGAAACCUAUCCAAUGCAUCUAUUGAUAGCAAAUACUCUAGUGCGAACUCUCAAAAAAUAUCAUCAUCAAAAGAGUUCGAGGACCCUUUAACUGCAGAUGCCGCUCAGCGACCAUUUGGUGCAUUUGAUAGAGCAAGGGAUAUGUUGACUCUUCACUUGCAACGCUUGGAAGAAAAGACUUUUGACCAUAGUGUUGAUACUAGAACUCCAUUUAGACAAGACAGAAACGCCAAUAUGAUCGUGAAUAGAGCUGAAUUUGAUACCCUGACACAGAAUCCAUCACAACAGCUAUCUGAACUUGACUUUCAGACCCCAUCCUCUGGGUCUCUCAACAAACCAGUAUCGACAGACCAAGUGUUGUAUGGACUCUUACCCGAACAGAUCCCUUCACACUUACAAAUGCCCCAUGACCAAACUGCAGAUGAGUUCCAUGUUCUCCAGUCUGUAGAUUCACCAGCAAGGCCAAAGUCCUGGCAAGGGGAUCCCCGGCAGCUUUACCCGCAAUACCAGUCCAGUGGGAGAUACCCAUCUGAGAAUGACAAUAUACCGCCAGGUCAAGACAGUCAGGUCAUGGAUGACAGCUUAUUUGCGAUGCAGAGGUCAAAUUCUUCACCAGAUAUGAAGAUGGACAAGAAGUCAUUCCCUGGAGUGAAGGUGGCAUCUUCAUCAUCGUCUCAUCAAAGAUCAGGAUCGUGGGGAAGAACAGACCAAUUCCAAGACGUUCAUCAUCACACCUCUCGAGUACCUGGCAGUAAACUUCCUGUUAGGUCACAUGGUGAGACAAAGCAAGGAAAAAACUUUCCUCGAGAAAGGCAACAAGAAUACAACAGUCCUCCAUCUUCCUAUACCCUUCAACAUCUUCCCUCACAGAAGCAGCACCAACAAGUUCAUCCAGAUUACAGUACCAAUAGCUGGCCCAGAUCACUCUCAAAAUCAAGGUCUAGUAGUAGUCCCAGACAAGAGUCAAGUCCAAGAACAGAGCAAAGACAAAGUUUUGGUCAAGAUUCUUCAGCUACUGAAGGUUUCCUGAAGCCAUACAGACCCCCAGGAAGUUCUGAUGUGAUUUAUACAUACCCUGUUGAUGGACAGACUGUUCAAGAUGGAUCUCCAUCUAGAAGUGUAUCAACUCUUGAGAGCUCUCAUGCUGGAUCUAAUGAUGCAAAUGCACCAAACUUCCCCAUUGAGGCAUAUGGCAGCAGGCCUAGUCGAGAUUCACCACAUUCUUCCAAGAUACCAAGGUACGACCGAGGGCAAACUUCACCAGUAAAGAGUCCACUUGAGAGAAGUCGAGGACAGACCCUCUAUGUUGAUGAACAGAAAGGUGGCAGGAGCUAUAGGAGGUCAUUGAGCGAUAGCAGUAGACAGGAAAAGGUGCAGGAGAAGGAGAAGGUAGGACGACAGGUAUCAUUAAGUCCUCAACACAGACCAGGGAGAUCAAGAACUUCUGGAAUGAAGCGAGAGCAUUCAAGGUCCCCUCCAGAAUCAGUACACUUUGGACAGUUGCCUAAUAACCAGCAACAGGUGUUUGAUGUAGGUGAAGGUGGGGUCCAGCCAAGGGAUCGGCCAAUUACAGGACAUCCUGUCGGAGACAGAGCAGCCUUAGAGCAUGGAGGAAUCGGGGGACAGGAAGUGAGGGAACGAUUUGGAUACAGAGCUCAGCCCCGACCACUUAGCUGGGAUCCAUCAAGGCAGACUCAACCUUUGGACUAUGGAAGGACGUACCCCCAGGACACCCAGUAUAGACAACAGUAUGGGAUUCCUGGUGGCAUGGCACAUGUCCCUCCUGCCUUGACUACUGAUGCAACCUCGCCAUCAAAGAUUCCAAGAUUCAGAUCUGGUUCAGAGCAGCCGCCCCUGAGGUACAUGCCAGUAGGUGCAGAGAGGACAGAUAGAAGAAGGCCAGAGUAUACUGCUUCUAGGCAGUAUGCGGAGUAUGGGCACCAGGGAGUUCCUCAACUUCCUGGAACCUACAGCAAACAAGUCCUUGAAGACAUCCUGCAGGAUGAAUCAGAUCCCCUUUACCGUGAGGCAUCUUUAAUGUGGGAUCAAUACCAGCGCCUACAGCAGCAGAAGGAGGCAAGGAGAGAGGCUAGGAGAGAGGUCAAAGGUCAAGACGAGUCUGAUGUUUCCAGUCUGGACUCCAGGAGGGUCAACAGGCUUGCACACCUAGUCCAAGACCCAGUCCAGCAUACUGUACAACAGUUUGUACCAGAUGAGACAGACAGUCGUGACAGCAGUAGCACUACCCUGACAGACUCUACUACACCUAGGCAGAGAAGAAAGUGGGUGAGAGACCAACAAGGCUUCACACCAAGAGAACAAUCUCCAGAAAGGACAACCAGAAAUGAAGAGGGUCGUCGUAGAGUAUCACCAGAAGAAAUUGCAGCCAUAGUUCAACCAUCACCCACAAAGGAGUCUAGAAUACCAAGGUCAACUGCUCGACAAAAUGGUCAGCAGCAAAAGAAAAAAGAUGAGAGGCGUACUUCCAAACGCUCUCCUGAACAAGACCAGACAGAAUCAACACUUGACGAUAACAUCACGCAGGAAGCAUUGUCCAGUGUACUAACAACAACCGAAGAGUCACUACUGACUGAUAUGAGUCUUGAGUCUGAUAGAUUACUUGAACUCCUUGGACCAGACGGAAUCCGAAAGUUGAGUUCCAAGCUGGUUAAGUUACAACGGAAGAUUGACAGGCAGCGUGAACACCACAGGAAACGUACAGAAGAGCAAAACAGAGACAAACAAGCUACAAAGAAGAAAGAACAUAGGCAUGAUGUUCCUGUUUCCAGUACACCAGCUGUUGAUGAUCUGUCUUCAACAGCAACGUCCGGUGCCAUGGAGGAGGUGUCUGAUACUGCUGGUGCACACCUACGUGUUGGGAAGCAAGCAUCUCUUGAGCCAGCUCUGAGUCCAGUCCAGGAAGCAUCUUUAAGAUCAACUGAAGGCUCUGCCUAUGAUACUGCUGAGAGUACUCCACCGGAGGCUUUCGUACCAGACAGGAAAAUCACUAGGCAAGGAAGGGUUGGAGAAAAUGGACAAACAGCAAAGAGGAGGAAAGACUUUGCGCAUCAUGAUGACUUUGGAGUGACUUACACUACAGAUUCAUUCAGUGAUGCCGGCUCUGAUGCCAGUGUCCCUUGCGCCUGUAAGCCACAGCGUUCCCAUUCCAUACAUGGGUUUACCAGCAGAGCAAGGGAACAUGCCUCAGACAAAAUCAGCAAAGAAACUAAACCAGACACUGAAAGAGAUGAAGUAUUCAAACAACCUUCCAAAGGCCUGUCAAGAAUCCCUGUCAGGGACUCUGACCCGACUUCUCGGGCGGGGUCCUCUAAUGCCGGACCGGCGCAUGAUAAGCCACAGAAGAUGAAACCGGGUACAGCAUUUGUGAUUGACGUCGGGCGAGGUGACAAGAAGACUGGAAAGGAUACUGUGUUGACAGGGAAGCAGAAUUUCGAUAAUAAAGUAAUGGAAGAGGAGGAUGAGGAGAGGAGAAGGAGAAGGAAUGAGAAAAAAGCUGCCAAUCUGAUACCAGCAAAGGAGAAUGAAGCUCCUUCAAGAAUUCCAAAGAAGAUUGUACAACCUGUCGCGUGGUUCCAACCGUUGGCUAAGAAGAUGCCAUGGCAACAGGACACACCCUCCAAGGCCAAGCCUCAACCAAUGAGCAUUCCUGUCAAAGAUGAAGAGACAGCACCCAAGCCCGGUGACAAAUCUUCUCUACAGGAGGCGUUUGAGAGACAUCGUAGUGACUUUAUAUCCAAGUCUCGAGAAAGGCAACGAAAGAUGAGGCUUGCAGCAGAGGAGCGCCAUACACAGGCGCAGUUUGAACUGGAGAGGGCACAAAUCUUCCAUGAUCAACGAACCAAGAAACCAAACCCAAAUGCACAUCCUUUUAGUGAUCAACUACACAAACCAAAGCGGAGAGCAAUAACAAAGAAACAAAUGAGAGAACAGACAGAGAAGUUGUAUAAUCGUCUGCCUGAAGUGAAACAAAAGGAGAAGGAAAAGAAGAAAGUUCAAGAUUCUAAUCUCAAUAGGAUCAGAGCUCAAAUGUAUCGCAAGAAACUUAGUGAUAAAGUGAAGGGAAAACCUUUUACUGGGAGCUGAUCCUUUGACGGAAGACGUUAGAAGAUUGGACACAAUAUAGAGGAAGUAGAAAAUACCUAGAAUAGAAUAUUCAGUGCUUGUCUUUGUAUAGAUGCAGAAAAAAGGCAAAUAGUUAUGUCAGAUUGCAAGAGUAUUUAGAGAUAUGCACACACAUUGAGAAAAAGUAUACAAUAUUCUUUGAACCUCGUUACUCCAAAAUGUUACUUGAGAUAUUCAUCAAUGAAUCAUUUCACAAGAGCCAACCAGAGAUACCCAUUUUUGGACCUGUGUUUGAAUACUCUAAUAAUUUUUAGGUGUAAAUGUUGAAAGUUUACAACUCUUUGUCUCAUCAAUGACUUUCGCACAAAACAGGUUAACUGUUUUAUUGUACUCUAAGUAGGAUGAUGUGCCAAGAGGGUUGGAGAAUGCUACAGAUUUAGAGCCUAAUUUGCAAUUUGCAUCUCAGAGUUUAUGGUUAUGUGUUAAUCUUUGUGAUUAUUUCUUUAGGUCAUUUUAAACUGAGGCUAAAUACAAACUAGCCAUCACAAGAUAUGGUAUGAUGAGCAUGGUUCCAAAGGUUUCUAUAUCCAAUACUUAGACAAAAUAUAUUUAAUUACAACAUUUUUGUUACAGGCAUCUAUGAAAAAAAGGGAUAUUAGAAACUAAAUCUUUUAAUGUUCAGUCUUGAAAAGGGGUUGAAUUUUUUUGUUCAAAAACGGGUACUAGCCACCUAAUUAAUGUUAUGAUAUCAAUAUCUCUUUCUUAUCCAAAUUAGAUAUAGUACCUCUUACAACUAAAUACAACAUUUCUUUAAUACAUUCCUCAGAAAUCAGAGGACCAAGAAAAACCAAAGAAGAUAAAUGUGUUUCCAAUUGUUGUCCCCCACUGAGAUUGGUUGUUGAACACCGACUAAUGAAGUGCCAAAAUGUUUGUGCUUACUGUUCAAUGAAAGGUUUCCUCAUUUGUUUCUUCAAUUUUAUGAUGUCCUUCCACUUUUUGGAUGGUUGGGAUGACAUCAGAAAAGCUCAAGUGUGAAUGCAGGG